AUGUCGACCGGGGUUGCCUACGCGGCAGUCUCAUUCGGAGUAUUCUCCAUUGCGUGCUGCAUUAUCGCAUUCCCACUCAUUCUGAGUCGCGUCGACGAUAUACGAAAUGAACUCAACGUCGAAAUGGAUGCAUGGAAGUAUGAAACCGACUCGCUCUACAACGAUAUGCAAAAGUAUGGACGUGUGAAGCGCCAAUAUGGUGGAUAUGGAGCGGCUGGUGCAAACCCAACACCACAAGGCGGAUUCCCAGGUGGUGCCGCACCAAACGCGCCAAACAGUUUCCCAGGCAUCGUUGGAAUUCCUCCACAACUCAACAACGAGCCAUCGGUUAACGGACAGUGCAAUUGCAACGCCGACAACAAGUGCCCCGCUGGGCCAGCCGGAGAGAAGGGAGCACCGGGUGUCGACGGACACGACGGAAUACCCGGAGUGCCGGGAAUUGACGGACAAGACGCCGAUGAUGCUCAAGCUCAAACUCAGCAAUACGCCGGAUGCUUCCACUGCCCACAAGGACCACCAGGAGAGCCGGGAGCGCCAGGAAAGCCAGGAGUUCGUGGAAUGCGCGGAGCGCGCGGACAAGGAGCGAUGCCCGGAAGAGACGGAACCCCAGGACAGCCGGGAACACUUGGACCCGUCGGACCGAUUGGUGCCACAGGAGAGCCAGGACCCGAUGGCGAGCCAGGAGCCGACGUUGAGCACGCUAUUGGCCUUCCCGGACCAAAAGGAGAAACCGGACCAAUUGGACCGCCAGGUGAUCAAGGAGAGCAAGGAGACGUCGGAAAGCAAGGCAUCGCCGGACCACCGGGAGAGCGCGGACCACGCGGUGAUAAGGGAGACGACGGCGAGAACGGAGCUCCAGGAGCACCGGGAGAGGAAGGCGAGCCGGGAACCGAUGCCGAAUACUGCCCAUGCCCACAGAGACAAGAAGAAGCGGCCGUUAACGGACAACCACACUACAACAGCCGUCGCCACUAA